AUGUCUCACCGAAUAAGGAUUUCGCAAAACCCGCCGCUCGACACGCUCGAUGCACGGCUGAGUCUGGUUUCGGCAGAUUCUGUGGCGACGAACGAACGGCUCCUGGACAAGCUGGGUCUUCCAGACGAAGACUACGAGAGUCUCGAAGUAGAGCACGAGGCCAGAAACUAUGAGCCUGCCAGCCAGUUCCAAUCGCUAAAGCCGUUCUGGUAUGAGCAAAAGCAAAAAGACGUCAACACUACGCUCGACUCGGACUCGCACAGUUUUGACCUUGGCGACGACGCUCUCGAAGACCGUCCAGUUCUUAAACAGCCACAACACAGACGAAUAGCUUCGAGGGAGGAAUAUUACGUGAGCAGCCAUUAUGUGCAACAAACGCCCAUUGAUGCCACGCCUACAAGCCAGCGCACAUUCCACUUCCGCACGGAGUCCAACACAUACGACUCUGCGCGAUUCCGCCCCCUAUCACCUCCUCCUUCUGCCGACGUAGCGCCAGAGGCAAUGGCAGAGCCAUUGAGAUCGCCAAAUUUUAUCAAGUCGCACGGGUCCACAGGCUCGGCGUCGUCGCUCUCGUCGCUAAUAAAGUCACCAUUGAAGGCUCUUCGUGGGAAACAGUCUUCGACACCUGACUUGCAAGACCAGGGGCUUUCCCAGCAUUUCCAUUCUCUGGAAAAUGCGCAAGAAAUGCUAUCCUAUGGGCUCGGCCUGCGCAAUGGAGACGAAAAAUCUCUCGCCCAAAGCUUCAUCUGGAUAUGCAAGGCUGGAGCAGUAGACAUGAAUCACAAAUACUCCUUCCACAUCGAUCCACGGAAGCUUGUUUUGUGCCCACCAGUGCAUCCGCAGAGCACUAUAUACUAUGAGGUUGGCCGGGCCCUCGUACAGGGGUGGGGCUGCACUAAAGAUCUGGGCCAGGGACUCGAGUUCUUAGAGCUGGCUGCUUCGUUUGGUAGCAUCGACGCAAUGGAGCUCGCAGCGAAUAUCUCAAAAAAACAGCGCUCCAAAGCAUGGAGGAAACUCGCAGAAGACGCCCGGCGUCUUGACCAUGGCUUGUGA